GCUGCGGGCUCACAAAGCGGCCGGACGCGCGGCGGCGGGUGGCAGGAGCGCAGGAGAGCCGGCGGCUGCUCAGCCUUUCCAGCCACCGCGCUUCGUCAGCUCUGGCCACUCGGAUUCGGGGACCUGCACCGGCUCUCAAGAUGCCGGCGAUUGCGGUGCUCGCGGUGGCGGCCGCGGCGUGGUGCUUCCUGCAGGUGGAGAGCCGGCACCUGGACGCGCUGGCCCGGGGUGCGGGCCCCCACAACGGCAAUUUCUUAGACAAUGACCAGUGGCUGAGCACCGUCUCCCAGUACGACCGGGACAAGUACUGGAACCGCUUUCGAGAUGAUGAUUAUUUCAGAAACUGGAAUCCCAGCAAGCCUUUUGACCAAGCCCUGGACCCAUCUAAAGAUCCUUGCCUGAAGGUAAAAUGCAGCCCCCACAAAGUGUGUGUGACCCAGGAUUACCAGACUGCCCUGUGUGUUAGCCGCAAGCACCUACUGCCCAGGCAAAAGAAGUGGACUGUGGCCCACAAACACUGGGUGGGGCCUUCGAAUCUGGUCAAGUGCAAGCCCUGCCCCGUGACACAGUCCCCUCUGGCCAUGGUCUGCGGCUCUGAUGGCCACACUUACACCUCCAAGUGCAAGUUGGAGUUCCAUGCUUGUUCAGCCAACAAAGCCCUCACCACCCUCUGUGAUGGGCCCUGUCCAUGUCUUCCAGAGCCUGAGCCACCAAAGCACAAGGCAGAAAAGAGUGCUGCCUGUACAGACAAGGAAUUGAGGAACUUGGCUUCCCGGCUCAAAGACUGGUUUGGAGCCCUUCAUGAGGAUGCCAACAGGGUCAUCAAGCCCACCAGCUCCGACACAGCCCAAGGCAGAUUUGACACCAGCAUCUUGCCCAUCUGCAAGGACUCCCUGGGCUGGAUGUUCAAUAAAUUGGACAUGAACUAUGACCUCCUGCUUGACCACUCAGAGAUCAAUGCCAUCUACCUGGAUAAGUAUGAGCCCUGCAUCAAGCCUCUCUUCAACUCUUGCGACUCUUUCAAGGAUGGCAAGCUCUCUAACAAUGAGUGGUGCUACUGCUUCCAGAAGCCUGGAGGUCUCCCUUGCCAGAAUGAAAUGAAUAGGAUUCAGAAGCUGAGCAAGGGGAAAAGUCUGUUGGGAGCAUUCAUACCUCGCUGUAAUGAGGAGGGCUAUUACAAAGCUACACAGUGCCAUGGCAGCACUGGACAGUGCUGGUGUGUGGAUAAAUAUGGGAACGAGCUGGCUGGCUCCAGAAAACAGGGUGCCGUGAGCUGUGAAGAAGAGCAGGAAACCUCGGGGGACUUUGGCAGUGGCGGUUCCGUGGUCCUGCUGGAUGACUUGGAGGAUGAGCAGGAGCUGGGGCCGAAGAACAGGCUGGGGAAGCUGAGGGUGCACGCCCGUGCAGUGAGGGAGGACGACGAGGACGAAGAUGACGACAAAGAGGAUGAGAUCGGCUACAUAUGGUAGUCCCCCCCAACACCCAUCCCCCCCAGAAGAGGACACAGAGGUUUCACACAAACUUGCAAGUCACUUCCUAUUCCUGCAUUUGUAUGUAAGACUCAUGGCACCAGCACCCAGGCCUGGUCUCCAUUGUCGCUCUCUAUGCCCAGUCCAAGGUUUGGAAGACGCCUUGUUCCUAGAA